AUGGUAAAAACUGAAAUCAAARAGUGUAUGUUUUAUUCUGUCCAAGUUGAUGAUACGAUGGAUAUUUCGCAAAGAACACAAUGUUCAACUAUACUAAGAUAUAUAACAAGUAAAUCUGAAUUGGUAGAAAGGUUUCUCGGUUUCUAUAAUGUUAGUGAGGAUCGUACUGCCGAGGGUCUCUUYAAUACGUUAAAUUCUGUACUAUUAGAAUUUGAUAUGGAAAAAAAGUUUGGUCAGUGUUAUGAUGGCGUAAGUGUUAUGGCUGGUCAUGUAAAUGGUUUACAAGCUAAAGUUAGAGAGGUUGCUCCUAAUGCAUUAUUUACACACUGCUUAGCGCAUCGUUUGAACCUAGUGUUACAGCAUGGCUGCAGUGCUAACACACAGUGUCGAAUUUUUUUUGCAAACAUGACUGGAAUUUCAGCUUUUUUUCAUAAUUCUACCUCGCGAACGAAUGUUGUAGAUGCUAUUGUUGGUAAACGCAUACCGCAGUUUGUUCAGACGAGAUGGGYUUCUCGCUCAAAAAUUUUGAACUUAGUUGUAGACAAGUGGGGCGAAUUUAAAAAGGUUUUUGAACAUAUUAUAAAAGAUUCAAAUGCAUCAUCUGAAUMGAUUUGUGGUUCAAUUGGGCAUUUAAACAAUUUAAAAAAAUUUGACUUCUCUUUUUUAGCUCUAACAUUUAACAGUAUAUUUUUACUCACAGAUAAUUURUUUAAUACACUUCAAAAUAAGUCAUUUGAUAUGGAAUAUUGUAUGCGACAAAUAAAUAWAGUCUAUGAUCUC